CUGAGGCAGAAAAUAAAUAGCAAGGCUGCACGCUGGACCGUCAUCAGUCCAGUAAGUCCAACCAUGGAGUGCAAAGGUGUGCGCACGCUGAUGCUCGUCUUAAUGAUGGUGACCUGUUCGCUCCAGCAGACGCCAGCCAAGAAGAAGCCGGUACGAAAAGAAAAGGAUGCGGCCAUCGAGGAGCUGCAGAGACAGAUCAAUGACAUUGUGCAGGACCUCGACCGCCUGAAAGAAGAACAGGCUUUGCAAAGAGUGUGUUUGAAGGGCACCAAGAUAAAUGGCAAGUGUGUCCUAGCCGACCCAGUGAAGAAGUCCUACCACACGGCCAGCGAGGACUGCAACGCUCUCGGUGGCUACCUCGCCGCUCCCUCGUCGGCCGAAGAGAACGAUCAGCUGACCAAGUACAUCCAACAAAGCGUCGGUCCGGCUGAGCAAGUCUGGCUGGGCGUCAACGACAUGGUGACCGAGGGAACUUGGGCCAACCAGAGCGGCGACAGCAUCUCCUACAAGAACUGGGACACGUCCAGCAGCCGGUCCCGCCAGCCGGACGGCGGCACGUCCCAGAACUGCGCCGUCCUCUCCGUGGCCGCCCAGGGAAAGUGGUCUGACGAGAAAUGCCGCGACGAAAACCCGUCUGUGUGUCAGUUCAACAUUGUGUGAGAGCAUGCAUGCACUCUGUAUGUACUAUAACUAGCCCUAAACAGCUGCUUUGUGUGUACUUCUGCUGCAGUGCCACUUUACCUUCUUUUUUUGGGAAAAAGCAGGAUCUGUCUCAAUUGGACACAUUUAUCACACCCCUAGUAAUUCAUCAUUAAGAGUAGAUUUCGUCCCAACACAAAAGUGCGACACAAUCGAAUAAAAACGAUUAUUUAAAGGGGAACAUUAUCACCAGACCUAUGUAAGCGUCAAUAUAUACCUUGAUGUUGCAGAAAAAAGACCAUAUAUUUUUUUAACUGAUUUCCGAACUCUAAAUGGAUGAAUAAUGGCGAAUUAAACGCCUUUCUAUUUAUCGCUCUCGGAGCGAUGACGUCAGAACGUGACGUCACCUAGGUAAUAAAGCCGACAUUUUCUCAAACACAUUACAAACACCGCGUCUCAGCUCUGUUAUAUUCCGUUUUUUCGACUAUUUUCUGGAACCUUGGAGACAUCAUGCCUCGUCGGUGUGUUGUCAGAGGGUGUAACAACAUUAACAGGCCCAAAGAUGCGAAAGUGGCAAGAAAUUGGACGAAAUUUGUUCAAAAUACAAGGGUGUGGGGAAAGCCGACGAAAUGGUCAGUCGUUUAUUCCGCACACUUUACCGACGAAAGCUAUGCUACUACAGAGAUGGCAAGAUUGUGUGGAUAUCCUGCGACACUCAAAGCAGAUGCAUUCCCAACGAUAAAGUCAAAGAAAUCUGCCGCCAGACCCCCAUUGAAUGUGCCGGAGUGUCUGCACAUUUUACCGGCGGUGCUGAGGCCGACAUGACACAGAAAUGUAUGGAUAACCUGCAGAUGCAUUUCCAACGAUAAAGUCAACAAAAUCACAAAGGUGAGUUUUGUUGAUGUUAUUGACUUAUGUGCUAAUCAGACAUAUUUUGUCGCGGCAUGACUGCCAGCUAAUCGAUGCUAACAUGCUAUUUAGGCUAGCUGUAUGUACAUUUGAAACUAUAUUUACAUCCAGCGUUUCCCUCCACCUAGAUUUAAUGCCAAACAAACACUUACCAAUCGACGGAUUUAAGUCGAUCCAGUGUCACAAGAUGCGAAACUUCCGAUCGUUGGUCUGCAUAUUUUACUGGCGAUGAUAAGGCAAACAUGGCCGAAUAGCGUCAAUAGCUAUUCGCUCAAUAGCUUCAGUUUCUUCUUCAAUUUCGUUUUCGCUAUCUGCCUCCAUACUCCAACCAUCCGUCUCGAUUCAUGCGUAAUCUGUUGAAUCGCUUAAGCCGCUGAAAUCAGAGUCUGAAUCCGAGCUAUAUCUUGCUGUGCUAUCCGUAUUGGCAUCACUGGAUGACGUCACAGGAAAAUGGACGAUGGCUUCACAGAUACCGAAAAUCAGGCACUUUAAAGCUUUUUUUUAGGGAUAUUCCGGGAUGGGUAACAUUUGGAAAAAAAAUUCAAAAAAUAAAAUAAGCCACUGGGAACUGAUUUUUUAUUGGUUUUAACCCUUCUGAAAUUGUGAUAAUGUUCCCCUUUAACACGAGCUGCUUCAAAAAUAAUGCCAAGCAUUUUGGAGUUUAUUGCAAUUUUGGGGAUUUCAAUUGCAAGUGUGCCUAAGGAAAUGGCCAGACCCCCCAUUUGAAUACACACAAGUGCAUGUAUAAUGCAUAUAUAUUAAUAAACUAGUUAAGAUCCACUCAUUUCCAACCUGUACUAUGCUGCGUUCUGUACUUCACUGACAAGUCUCACAUUGAGCCUGAAGAAUAUUCUCUUUUUUAACUUUUUGUUGGGUUUUUUUCCUCCCUCCUUUUAAUUAGCAAUGUUCCCAGUUUGCCAGUCUGAUGUCUCGUCGGAUGUAACCUGACAUAAAUAAACUGUACCUAAAAAAUG